UGAUAUUGAUGUUCCUUUGUAUGAGUUAGCAGAUCCCGAAGCCGAUUCUGGGGAAGUUCAUCUGACUUUGAAAGAACAAGAACAAAAGUGGACAGAUAUUAUGUUACCCAUUCUAAGUGAACAUCAAUAAAUAUGGAGUUACCUGAUAUAGGUCAACAAUGUACCUAUGAACUUUGUAAUCAGUUAGAUUUUCUUCCUUUACAGUGUGAUUGUGGUGAAAUAUUUUGUUCAGAGCAUUUCCACUAUCACAUUUCAAAUUGUGUAACUGAAAAAAUAACCAAUGAUAUGCCCAAAAAGUGUGAGAAUCUGUAUUUAUGUUCGGAAUUGAAUUGCAAAGUUAAAACUGUUAUUCCAUUACUAUGUACUAAAUGUAUGAAACACUUUUGUAUAGAACACAGACAUUUAACAGUGUGUAAAGAAAAAAGUGUUGUGGAAGUAGCACAGGAAAAAGAAAAAUUUUCGAUUCCAGUUAGGCAAUUCAAUGAUGCCAAAUCUGCUGUAGAUGCUCAGAUUGAGAGGAGUCUUUGCACAGCUAAACAAAAUCACAAGAAACAAGAAACGGCCAUGAAGAUUCAAUUGAUGAGAAUGAAAAAUAAAGCAACAGGUCAAAAAUCAAUUCCUUUGCCAGAUAGAGUGUAUUUUGGGAUUGAAUAUGUAGAUGUCAUCCAAAAAUAUAAAGCAGUUUUUGUUUCAAUUAAGUGGUCUGUAGGAAAAGUUAUUGAUGCAGUUGCUGAAGAAUGCACACUUCCAAAUAAUAACCACAAAAGUACCUCCAAAAAGCUGAGGUUGUAUAAAAAAAUGGACCAAUCAAAUGUGUGUAAUAAUUUGGCAGUUAGUGUUGAGAAGUUACUUUCUGACAAUAUUUUAAUUAAUGGAGAAGAUCUAAUUAUUAGUUAUGUAGAUAAUUGAGUUUAUGAAUUUCUGUUCAGUUUAUAUUAGUGUAUAUAAAAAAUAGCCAAACUUUCCUUUUUUCGGUUUAGUUUUUUAACCCACAAGCAUUUUUUAAAAAAUUAAAUAAUGUAUUUCUGCAGAUAUUGUAAUAUUUUAUAAGUAAAGUUGUUGAAACAUACUGAACCAAAAGUCAUAUUCAGAAGUGCAUGAUUUUCAGUCUUGUUUACAGAUUUUAUUAUUUUUACGUUGUACUAAAAUAUUUGUUAUCUUACGAUCUAAUUCUAAAACAAUAAAAACAUUUUCACAUUGA